AUGUUGCUCCACGGAGCGGCCAUCUUGGUCCUAUUAGCUCUAAUUCUCGGUGUUGAUCGAUCAGCUUCAAACAAGCAAUUGAAACAGGCAUAUCGCCAACUGUCAAAGAAGUUCCACCCCGACAAGAAUCCCGGUGAUAGCACAGCACACGACAAGUUCGUUGAAGUUUCAGAAGCCUACGAUGUCCUAAGCGACGAAGAGACACGCAAAGUAUACGAUAAAUGGGGCCACGAUGGUGUCCAGCAGCACCGUCAAGGCGGCGGCGGCGGAGGAGGCCACGACCCCUUCGACCUCUUUAGCCGCUUCUUCGGCGGCCACGGCCAUUCAGGACGAGCCUCUAGCGAACCUCGAGGACACAACGUCGAGGUCCGAGUCGAGAUCUCCCUCCGCGACUUCUACAACGGCGCCACGACCGAGUUUGCCUGGAACAAGCAGCACAUCUGCGAGCACUGUGAGGGAACAGGCAGCGCCGAUGGUCAGGUUGAUUCUUGUAAUGUCUGCGGCGGCCACGGCGUCCGAACCAUCAAGAGACAGCUCGCGCCGGGCAUGUUCCAGCAAAUGCGCAUGAAGUGCGACGCCUGCGGCGGCAGGGGCAAGACUAUCAAGCACAAGUGUCCAGUCUGCCAAGGCCAGCGCGUCGAGAGAAAGGCUACCAACGUACAACUUAACAUCGCGCGUGGAGCCGGUCGUGACUCCCGCGUAGUAUACGAGAAUGAGGCAGACGAGAGCCCUGACUGGGUCCCUGGCGACUUGAUCGUGACGCUCACUGAGCAAGCACCCUCAUACGAAAAUAACCCCGACAAGGUCGACGGCGUCUUCUUCCGUCGCAAGGGCAACGAUCUAUACUGGACCGAACUCCUCUCCCUCCGCGAAGCCUGGAUGGGCGGCUGGACCCGCAACCUAACUCAUCUCGACACACACGUCGUCCGUCUACAACGUCCCCGCGGCCAGGUCAUCCAACCCGGCCACAUCGAGACGGUAGUCGGCGAGGGUAUGCCCAUCUGGCACGAGGAUGGCGACAGCGUCUACCACAAGACCGAAUUUGGCAACCUAUACGUUGAAUACAAGGUGGUGCUCCCAGACCAGAUGGACACAAACAUGGAAAGCGACUUUUGGGGUCUGUGGGAGAAGUGGAGGGCAAAGAACGGUGUCGACCUACAAGCCGAUAGUGGAAGGACGGCAACACCUCAGCGAGAUGAGUUAUGA